AGCUGCUGCUGCUGAUCCACAGGCUGGAGAUCAGAUCAGCAGCCCUGCUGGGCUUCACUGCAGCCAAAGAGUAAAGAAGCCUAACAGACCAACAGGACACUGUCACUCUUAUCCUUUCAGAAGGUUGUUUCUGGAACACAGGACAUUGAGCUGCAUCAAGAGAUUUGUAUCAAACUUCAGAACUUCAACAUUAUGGCUCACAGCACAUCACAAGAGAAGUCAUGGACUGUAGGUGAUUUAAUGAAGAAGAGUGAGUUAAUCAGAGAAGGUACACCUGCACGGUAUCGUCUGCUCACAACCAGAAGUAAUCUAGAUGAAAGUGGUAAGAUCAGAAAAUGGACAUUUGGACAGCGAGAAAUCAACACUCAAAACAAGAUCAUACUGCUGGUGGGAGAAACUGGAACAGGCAAGACCACUCUGAUCAACACCAUAGUGAACUACACACUCGGAGUGAAGUUUGAGGAUCAUGUGUGGUUUGAGAUCACAGAAGAUUCUCAGAAUCAAACAAAAGAUCAGACUGAAUCUCAAACAACUGAAAUUACAGUCUAUGAGGUUUUAAUCCAAAACAGUCAAGUCUCUGUUACCAUCAUUGACACUCCAGGUUACGGAGACACCAGAGGAAAAGAGUAUGACAUACAGAUCGCUGACAAUUUGAGAAAACUAUUUAAAAACGACACAGGAGUGAAAGAAAUAGAUGCAGUGUGUCUGGUAGUGAAGGCAUCUGAUAAUCGUCUCUCUGACAGACAGAAUUACAUUUUUGAUGCACUUCUGUCUCUGUUUGGUAAAGACAUAGAGGAAAACAUUGUGAUUUUUGCAACACAUUCAGAUGGAGGAACCCCAACAAAUGUAAUUUCUGCCAUCAAGAAAAUGAAGAUCCCCUGCAAGAAAACUGAUCCAUAUAUAUUUAACAACCGCCAAGCUGAGGACCAGACAAAGAAUGGUACAUUAUAUAAAGAAAGUUGGAAAGGCACAGAGAAAAAUCUAACAGACUUCUUUACGUCUCUGAAAGAUCAGAAAAGAACAAGCUUAUAUAUGACUGAAAGUGUUCUGACAGAGCAAAUUCGGCUUAAAGCCUGUGUUUCUAAUCUACGUGAACGCAUUGAGUUAAAGGAGAGUAAACAUAAAGAGCUGGUUCAGAUUCAGGAAGCCCUCAAACAAAACCAAAUGCAGAGAAAUGUGAACUUGCCUUUUAACGUUACGAAAUAUUACAAAGAGAAAGUAACUACUGAAAACGCUUCAUGGUGGGACAGAAAGGCAACCUGUUGCUCUGUCUGUAAAGAGAACUGCCAUGAGUCCAACUGCUGGUGUGCCAUCAAUCCUAAAUUGUGUGAAGUGAUGAAAGACGGGCACUGCACUGUGUGUACAGGAAAGUGUCACCACAGUAAACACAUCAGAGAGAAGAAGAAAUAUGUUAUCAAGAGUAAAAAUGACACAAUGACGUACACUGAUCUGAUCAAAUUUCAGGAAAGUACUGACAUGGCUUCAGAAGAUACCUUUUUAGUGGAGCUGGAAGAAACUGAAAACAAAAACAAAAGUAACAUGAAGACCAAGGAAGAGAUCAGGAUUGAGGAGAGACUGAAGGCAGAACUGAUCGAAAUUGAAAAAGAUAAGACUCGACUGGUGGAAGAAGCCUGGACCACCAUCAUUAAACUGUCUAAGAUCACCUUAAAACCAGACAAUGACUUCAUUGUUAAGUCCUUAGAAUUUGUGCUCCCUCGGGCUAAGGAAAAUGAAGAUCCCAGCUGGGUUCAGAAACUGGAGAAACUGAGCUAUUGUGGGGAACAGGAUACUGAGCUCUAAAAAAAAAAAAGGAUCAAGAUCUAGUCUGCAACAAUGUGGGAAUCACAGCUUAAUCAAACCAUACAUUAUAUAAAGAAUGGAUACAAAUUGAUUACACUAGAAAACGUUAAAUGUACAUAUUAUUGAUUUGCUGUAUAUUUGAAGAAUGGCUAAAUCAUUUUCUUGUUUGUUCAUUACUGUUUAUUUCAGUCUGGCAGACUAGACUCUAGCAGCUAGAAGCAGGCAUUUGUACACUUCUGUUUAAAACAAAACACCACGCAGGUUUACGGCAAGCUUGUGUAGCUCUUAACUCAUACAGAAAGGGAUCAAAUUUAUACAUUCAGAUUUCUUGAGAAAUCAAAGUUAUUGACGAUGGUACACUAGAGAAACUCACCAUUGAUCUUAUUGUGUUUUUUUUGUAAUGUUAAUUAUUUCAUAGUUGUUUUUACAUGUGUUAAUGGUUUCUGGGCUCUGUGGAUUGUUAAUGUGCCCUUUGGAUUAUUAAUGGGCUCUGUGGAUUAGGGAAGAGGAAUGUUAUUGUUUAAUCCACCUUCUACUUAACUCAUAUAAAAAGUAUGUAGUGAUAUGUAAUGAAUUGCCACUCAAGACAGUUUUGUAAAGAACUGUACAAGCAUGCAGAUAUAUAACUGUAUAAAUAAAUGAAUUACAAUGUGUUCAAGAUCUAACAGACUUCUGUUACUGCAAUGAGGCAUCUUAUGCCGAGUAGACAAAACAUGAAAUGUUUCAUACUGUGUGUACAAUCAAAUAAA